UGCGCUGCCGCGGAGUGUCGCGGCGGGACCGGCCGGGCUUGGUUGAGGCGCGCGGGAGCUCGGGCCGGGGGACUCUUCGGAAACAUGGCCCUCCCCACGCUGCCCUCAUACUGGUGCAGCCGGAGGCUCCAGGAUCAGCAGACAGCACGACAGCGACAGCGAGAGCAGGAGGCCCGGCUCCGGCAGCAGUGGGAUCAGAACAGCCACUACUUCCGGAUGUCCGACCUCUGCAGCUCCAAACAGGCAGAAUGGAGCUCCAAGACCUCCUACCAGCAGAGCAUGCAUGCUUAUCAGCGUGAGAAGAUGAAGGAGGAGAAGAGGAAGCAUCUGGAAGCCAGACGGGAGAGACUCAGGCAGCUUCUGCUGGAGGAGCAGGACUUGCUGGCCAAGGAACUGGAGGAGCUGAGGCUGAGCAUGAACUCGCGGGAAAGAAGAAUCCGGGAGCGGCACGGGAAUCUGAAGUCGGCCCGAGAAGAGCAAAGGAAACUGCUUGCCGAACAGCUUUUGUACGAACACUGGAAAAAGAACAACCCCAGACUUCGAGAGAUUGAAUUGGACCUUCACAAGAAGCACGUGAUAAACUCUUGGGAAACACAGCAAGAAGAAAAGAAACAGCAAGAAGCCACAGAAGGGGAAGAGAACAAGCGGUGUGAAAAUGAAUAUGAAACGGCUCGAAGGGAGGCGCUAGAACGGAUGAAAGCAGAAGAGGAGAGGAGGCAGCUGGAGCGCAAACUGCAGGCCGAGGCACUGCUCCGGCAGAUGGAGGAGCUGCAGGUGAAGGAGAUGGAGGCCACCAAACUGAAGAAGGAGCAGGAGAAUCUGUGGAAGCAGCGGUGGGAGCUGGAGAGGCUGGAGGAAGAGAGGAAGCAGAUGGCAGCGUUCCGGCAGAAGGCAGAGCUGGGACGCUUUUUGAGACAUCAGUAUAAUGUGCAACUCAAUAGACGAACACAGCAGAUCCAAGAGGAGCUGGAGGCAGACAGGCGCAUCCUGCAGGCACUCCUGGAGAAGGAGGACGAGAACCAGCGCGUGCAGCUGGCCCGGCGGGAGCAGGCCCUGGCCGAUGUGGCGUGGAUGAAGCGGGUCAUCGAGGAGCAGCUGCAGCUGGAGAGGGCGCGGGAGGCAGAGCUGCAGAUGCUGUUGAGGGAGGAGGCCAAGGAAAUGUGGGAAAAGAGAGAGGCCGAGUGGGCCCGGGAGAGGAGCGCACGGGACAGACUGAUGAGCGAGGUUCUGGCAGGGAGACAACAACAAAUACAAGAAAAGAUUGAAGAAAACCGACGGGCGCAAGAGGAAUCUCUAAGACACAGGGAGCAACUUAUGCAAAACCUUGAGGAGGCAAGAGAGUCAGCUCGUCGGGAGGAGGAGGAGAGUGAGGAACUGAAAUCGGCCAGGAAACAGGAGCUGGAAGGCCAGGUUGCAGAGCGCCAGCUGCAGGUGUGGGAAGCAGACCAGCAGGAGGAGGAGGAGGAAGAGGAGGCCAGGCAGGCCGAGCAGGUCACAGACGCCCUGCUGCAGCAGGAGGCGAAGAUGAUGGCCGAGCAGGGCUACCGGCCCAAGCCUUAUGGACAUCCCAAAAUUGCCUGGAACUGACUUCGUUGGUACUGUAAGCACCACGAGCGAGGAUGCUGAGGCCUUUCCUAUGCAGCUGCUGGUUUUACAGUGUUCUGCUCUAGGGUUCGGGUCACUGUAGACUAGUUCAGUGAGCCUGUUCAGGUCCACGAUUAAACGGAGCCAGGGCGUGGCCAGACUUGAAGGAGUUGUGGAUGCGCAGCACCCUCUGCCUUCUUAUCCAAGAAAUGGGCUUUUAAAAUAGUCACCUGUUGACGGUGCUGUCACACAGUCAUGUAAUAUAUUUAUAAAUAAUGUAAGAUUCUAGAUCAGUGCUAGAAGUUACAAGUUGUGUUCCAUGGCGGGAUACACAGUUUCUUGCUGUCUUACCCUAACUGUCAACCUCCAGUGAAGAUCCAGCUAGAGAUAAGGGGGAAGUUUUUCAGUUUUUAAAAUUGCCAUUUAAAUUUAACUGUUCUAUUGAAAACAAACUCGUAAGUCUUGGUGCAGUUUAUUUCAGGGUUUAUUAAUUUAGUGGUCCCAAAGGGAUUGCAUCUUGUUUUCUAGAAGAAAAGAACUAGGAACCCUGAGACAGUCUGAUGUGGUCUAUGGACGCUUUCCAGAAAGGUGAUGAGAAAUGAGUCUUUCCUCCUCUAGGAAGCAUUUUGGUAGGAUUUCCAUAGAGCAUUGUGUGUGGCGGGAGUGACCCCAACCUGUAUGUUACUGAGCUUCAAAAGGUCACUUGGAUGGCUAACCUUUCAGCAUGACACCUUGGACCUCUAGGGUCUUGGGAAGGUCGCAGCUACAUGCAGCCUUCUGGGAUUUAUGUGCCCAGAGGAAGGGGCACUGAAUCUGAAAAAACUAGAUCAGACUCAACCAUAGAUCAGCCCAAAAUUUCUUCUUGCACUGUUAGAUCCAUGUGACAUAGUUCUGGAUUAAUCUACAAAUAGCUACAAGUUCCUUGCAGCAAUAAUCAUAUUCUUAUGACUUGUAUUUUUUUCAUAUUCUUCCUCUGAGGUUUCAGUUUUCACUAUAUUGUGUUCAAGAUUCCCUAUCUCAGUAAAUUACAGCUAAUUACAGGGCUGUGUUCUGGGUUGUUAAAAACCAGAGUUUAUUAAAAAACCCCGAGUCUAAGGGCUGCAUUGCCUUUCAUUUCAAUGUGCCAUAAAAACAAAUUGAGCUGCAAACUGUAUCCUUAAUCUGGUUUUUAUUUUCUUGUCUUGAAUUUCUUUGGAUGUGAUCUCCUGAGCGCCGUUCUCGUUAUGCUCCUGUUUACUUCCCGUUUCAGAUGUUCAUUCAUUGUGAAAUAAAGUUCUGGUGUGACGGCA